CCUUGAGGAGGAGACAAAGCAUCAACAACCUGAAAAGCAGAAGCACAUCAGCAUGUGGCAUAUGAUAUCUCAACACGUCCUCCCAGGCGUGAUCACAAAGGCCGGGACCCAGCUGCUUGAUGAAACAGAUGAUGAGGUCGAGGUCGUAAUUACUGUGCGGGGAAGAAAAGCUCACCAAGAUUUCAGUAGGGACGAUGCUAUUGAGCUUGUGAAAGAGGUAGUUCAUGAGAUCUUCAUAACAAAGGUUCAAGAUGAUUCAUCCGACACACAAUUGGUCACUAGUGACAUGGUUCCCGGAAAGGAGCUGCCAGUAAUAAACCUCCCGCAGAAUAAUUCAAACCAGGUUCGAGAUGGCGACGCUGGUGAUAGUAUUGUCGUCAAGGAAGAAGGAAAGAAACAAGUGACUCUUUCAAAAUCAAAGAACUGGAGCAAGCUGAAGAGACUCAUGUUGUUGAAGAGAUCCAUCACGGCUCUUCAAAGUGCCAGGAAACCAGAAAAAGUUGAACUAAGGAAUCAGAUGAUCGAUGAGAGGAAUAAGGCGGAGCAAUGGAUGCUAGAUUAUGCUGUCCAAAAUAUUGUCACUAAACUAACACCAGCUCGCAAAAGAAGGGUGGCAAUGCUUGUGGAAGCUUUUGAAGCAGUUGUUCCCCUUCCUCAAGUAUAAUAAACUCAAUAUAUGUGCAUACACAAGUUCCGAAGGUAUAAACCUGAAUAAGAUCAUUGCUUGUAUUUAUAAGUUUUGCUGAGAAGUUAUUUAAUACGAGCCAAAAUUUAAAGAUCUGAACUAACAUAUAA